ACCCAGCAACGUCGGCAGCAGCAGCAGCGGCAGCAUCAGCUGUCUGCGCUUUAAAUAGGAUCCAGCCUGGGGACGCGUUAGGCAGUAACGAACUGUGCUCACUGCUGGCGGGGCGGGUUCGGCCUAGGGACAACGAGAAUCUGGCCUAAGGGACAACCACAACGGAACAAUGCAGGCACACGAAUUAUUUCGAUACUUUCGAAUGCCAGAGUUUGGAGACUUCCGACAAUAUAUGCGCACUCUCCCAACAAACACGUUGAUGGGCUUUGGCGCUUUUGCUGCACUCACGACUUUCUGGUAUGCUACGAGACCCAAGGCUCUGAAACCCCCGUGUGACCUCUCCAUGCAGUCGGUGGAAGUGGAGGGGACUGACGGUGCAAGGAGAUCCACGAUGCUGGAUAGUGAUGAGCCAUUGUCGUUUUUCUAUGAUGAUGUAACAACACUGUAUGAAACCUUCCAGAGGGGUGUACAGGUGUCAAAUAAUGGCCCUUGUUUAGGCUCUCGGAAACCUGAUCAACCAUAUGAGUGGAUCUCGUAUAAAGAGGUUGCAGACAAGGCCGAGUGUGUGGGCUCAGCGCUGCUCCAGAAGGGUUACAAGGCAUCACCAGAUCAAUAUUUUGGCAUCUUUGCUCAAAAUAGACCUGAGUGGGUAAUUAUCGAACAAGGUUGCUAUGCCUACUCAAUGGUGGUGGUCCCUCUUUAUGACACUCUUGGAAAUGAAGCAAUCACAUACAUAAUUAACAAAGCUGAACUGUCUUUGGUUUUUGUGGAUAAGCCAGAGAAAGCCAACCUCAUGUUAGACUCUGUAGAAAACAAGCUAACCCCAGGUCUCAAAACCAUAAUCAUCAUGGAUCCCUUUGAUAGUGAUGUCGUGGAACGAGGCAAGAAAUGUGGGGUGGAAAUAAUGAGCAUGAAAGCAUUCGAGGACCUGGGAAGAGCUAACAGGAGGAAGCCAAAGCCUCCGUCGCCUGGUGACCUUGCUGUGAUUUGUUUCACCAGUGGGACAACAGGCGAUCCCAAAGGCGCAUUGAUCACACAUCAAAAUGUAGUGAGCGACUGUUCAGCUUUUGUGAAAGUGACAGAGACUGUGGUGGCUCCUUCUCCAGAUGACACUUUGAUAUCUUUUUUACCACUUGCACAUAUGUUUGAGAGAGUUGUGGAGAAAGUACUUCAUUUGAACUCCAGUGACUCACAUAUUUCAUAUUUACCACUCGCUCAUAUGUAUGAGCAGUUAUUGCUGAGUGUCAUACUGUGUCAUGGAGCUAAAAUUGGAUUCUUCCAAGGAGAUAUCCGGUUACUUAUGGAUGACCUCAAGAUGCUGCAGCCCACCAUCUUUCCUGUGGUUCCAAGACUGCUGAACCGCAUGUUUGACAGAAUUUUUGGACAGGCCAACACAACGAUGAAACGGUGGAUCCUAGACUUUGCUUCCAAGAGGAAAGAGGCAGAACUCCGAAGUGGUAUAAUUAGAAACAACAGCCUGUGGGAUAAAAUUAUUUUCCACAAAAUUCAGGCAAGUCUUGGAGGGAAAGUGAGAUUAAUGGUCACUGGAGCCGCCCCUGUAUCAGCAACUGUUCUGACUUUUCUGAGAGCAGCACUUGGAUGUCAGUUCUACGAAGGCUAUGGACAAACAGAAUGCACAGCUGGAUGUUCCUUGACGGUACCAGGAGACUGGACAGCUGGCCACGUUGGUGCUCCAAUGCCUUGCAGUCUUAUAAAGCUUGUCGACGUAGAAGAAAUGAAUUACUUGGCUGCCAAGGGAGAAGGUGAGAUAUGUGUGAAAGGGCCAAAUGUAUUUAAGGGCUAUUUGAAGGACCCAGCAAAAACAGCAGAAGCUCUGGAUAAAGAUGGCUGGCUGCACACAGGAGAUAUUGGAAAAUGGUUACCAAAUGGUACCUUGAAGAUCAUUGACAGGAAAAAACAUAUAUUCAAACUGGCACAAGGAGAAUACAUUGCGCCUGAAAAAAUUGAAAAUAUCUACCAGCGAAGUGAGCCAGUUGCUCAGGUGUUUGUACAUGGGGAAAGCUUACAGGCAUUCCUCAUAGCUAUAGUGGUACCAGAUGUGGAGACACUGACUUCCUGGGCCAAAAAGAAGGGCUUCAUCACAAGUCAUGCAGACUUGUGCAAGAAUAAGGAUGUUAAAAAAAUGAUCCUAGAAGACAUGGUGAGGCUCGGGAAAGAGGCGGGUCUGAAGACUUUUGAGCAGGUCAAAGGCAUUGCUCUCCACUUGGAAUUAUUUAGUGUGGAGAACGGCCUUCUGACACCGACCCUGAAGGCAAAGAGACCGGAGCUCCGGAAAUACUUCAGGUCACAGAUCGAUGAACUCUAUUCUACCAUUAAGAUUUAAUCUUGAGGAAGAUAGCUUGGAUAAAACAAAACCGCACACCUCCAAAAGCUCCGCUUCUACUGCUGGCCUUCAUAUCGGUAAUUUUGACUACAAGAAACAUAGGGAAGGAGGCUUGCUUGGACGGGGUUCUUGCCAUAGGAAUUUUGAUGGAAAACAGAACACUGCCUUACUGUCACCUUGUGUUGCUGACCAUUUUGUUGUGAUACACAAUUUCCAAAAUGAGCCUUAAAUUGUAAAGGGCAGCUGUGUACCUGGUAAUUAUUUGGGACUCCUCAGCCCAAAAGUUGGAUGUUGACUCUUCUCUCCUGAUCCUAACUAAGGAACUAGGGCUUCCCAGUUUCUGAGAGGUCACAUGUUUGAUAUGUUCUCUGCAGUUGUCUACUCCCAAGGGUACAUGGCACACUGGAGGAAAAGAUUCCUUUUAGCAGUGACAGAACACACACACACACACACACACACACACACACACACACACACACACACACACAUAUACAGACACCCGCAGGACUGGGGUACACCAUAAUUCAUCCAAAUACUAUUUAAGCCCUCUUUUCUUACCCUUCUUUGAAUGAGGGUUGCGAAGCUUUCUCUCCCUUCUGCCCUACCCCCAGGGCCACCCCAACCCAGAAAAGAAAGAAAUGUCUGAACUUUACUCUUUUAACCUUAAGGUUCACUUUAAAUCAGGACAAAUACAACUGAGCAGAUUUGGGGUCACAUGUGAAUGUCCCACAGAGUGUGGACUCUAACGCAAAGCAGAAUGCUACCAAUGAGUGCUUUCCAGAUCUCUCUCCUUCCCAUCCCUCCCCGCAGUAACAAAUCUGCCUUAGACUCGACCGUGAAGAUGAGAAUUUCAAGGAUACAUACACCAUCUAAGCAGGAUCAGCCAAGCUCAGCGGUGAUGACCUGAAAACCGUACACCUUAUCUCUACACUGCACUAGCCACAAUUUCUGUAUAAUGGUCAACGGGUUUUUAAUGUAGUUUUCAUAUCAGAGUAUCAUGCCGUGAUUAAUGCUUCUUUUGUUUCCCAGAAUAAACUGUCUCGUACCAAACACAUCACUUCAAAGGAUAGAGGGAGAGGAUAUACUUCAAUACUUUUUUGUUGAAAUGGAGGGUAGUAAUGGACAGGAAUGGGCCCAUCUCAGAAGUCUACCGAUGAUUUCUACAAGCCAGGACAAAUGCUAACUAAUAGGGGAAUGUGUAGAUCUGGGGGCAAAAAGCAAUUCUUCCUAGGAGUUAACUCCUGAGGGUCUUUUAGUCUAAUUGGGGACAUGGACAACAUUUCAAUUUUUACAGGUCUUGGCCAUAUUUGAAUGAAUUAAGUUGUCAUUUAAAAUGAUUCUGUUUUUUGGAUACAUGGGGUUAUAUGUAAUAUUGAAGCACAACAAGGUUUGCACUAAAGAGAUGUCAUUGUAAUAACACUAUUUGGUAGCCUAACUUCAUAAUGUGUGCUCUUAAUUGCACAAAUAUUGACAAAAGUCGGUAAUUUGUCACAUUGGAGUUUUGGAUGUUUGCUCUCAGUGUUGGCUAUUUCUAUGUUUUAUAAACCAAAACAGAAUUUCCAAAAAAUAACUAAGGAAACCAAAAUAAAUAUUUCUGCAUUUCA